AUGGUUCUGCCGUAUCAUCUUAUUAAGGUUUGCGGCAGCACCGUCUUUGCCGCACAAGGGAGUGACAUUCACUCGUUCAAUUCGGCCCUCGAGUACGUGUCGACUUGGAAAUACCCGGCGCAACAAGUGGAUGAGUCAAAUAGCCCCCCCGCUGAGGCUCAAGAGUCGCCGGCGCAGGAAGAACCGCCUAUCAAGCGUCGGAAAGUUGAGCCAGGUCAGGAGCAGAGUCCAAAAGGCCGUCGUGCGAAAUCCACAAACGGACAGCCAAAGAACAACAAGGGUGCCAAGCACCAAGGGCCCGGCAAUGAGCGACCCUUCGUCCAAGGGCUCUAUGCCACCACCGAUGGCCGUCACCUAGUAGCCGUCACGGGAGCAAUGCCAAAACGCCCCUGUUCUCUCGCUCUCACACGCGACAACCUCACCAUCCUCUCAGCCGACAAAUUCGGCGACGUCUACGCCCUCCCCUUGCUUCCCUCUCCCAUCCCCCCAACCACGACCUCGGCCACAGCAAGCGCAACCACCCCGUCCGCCCCCUCACCACCCGCCUCAGGGCUCGACGAAUCCCGCAGCGCGAGCACCACCCCCUCCACCGCAACCCCCAACCUCUUCAAGCCGCAAGCGACCGCACUCACCGUGCACACCAAACGCAACCUCAGAGCCCUCGAGCACCAAAAGAUCUCCCUCAGCCGCCGCGCCCUAGAGGAGCAGCUCAGCCGGCCACACACCACCGUCCCCAAUGACGAUGGCCAAGGCGGGGAGCGGGCCAGGGAGUACAUCCUCACGGCGGACCGCGACGAGCACAUCCGCGUGUCGCGCGGCAUGCCGCAGGCGCACGUCAUCGAGCGCUUCUGCCUCGGCCACGAGGACUUUGUGAGCCGCCUGUGCGUGGCCCCCGGCGGGCGCGCCGGGGUGCUGAUCUCGGGCGGCGGCGAUGAUGAUCUGUUUGUGUGGGACUGGGCGGAGGGCCGGUUGCUGGGAAGGGCGGGCGUGCUCGAGCAUGUGAAGGGGGUGGUGGGUGGUGGUGGUGAGGGGGGGGAGGCGGGAGUGAGUAAAGUGGCUGUGACGAGGGUGUUCGCGUGUGGGUGGGAAGGUGGGGUGGGGGUGUUUGUUGUUGUGGAGCGCGUCCCCGCGCUCUUCCGCUACGAACUCCUCGAGGACAACACCCUCCAGCACCGCGAGACCAUCUCCACGCCAGGCAACCCGCUCGACAUUGAAGCGCUUGAGGCGCCGGGGGCGACACCACGCCUCCUCGUCGCUGUCUAUCCCAACGGUUCUGCCGAGGGAAGCAGCAGUCCCUCCUCCUUCAUCGCACUGGACAAGGAGGAGACGGGCUGGCGGCAGACCGACGUUGAGAAUCUUCCCGCGGGAGGAGACAUCGACAUCAGUGACACUGAGCUGCAGAAGCUGUUGUAUUCUACCGAAACGCUACGCAAGCUCUCGGACUUUGACUGA